AUGAACAAUCCUUUACACAAUAAUAAUAUUAACAACAAAGACCAAAAUUCAACGACAAUGGCUACUACAACAAUUGCCACUACGACAAUAACUAAAACCAAAACCUCCCCUUCUAAAAUUGAAAAAAAUCUUGAUUUAUCUUUAAAAAAAUCGGCAUUAAAAUUCAACAUUAAUAGUAAGAAUAGAGAAAACGACAAUGGCAAAACUAGCGAAAGCAAUACAUUUGCUGAUACUCUGGAAUCAAUAAAGUUUAAUCGUAAACGUACAAUAUCAGCGCCAAAUUUUAGUGAUGUUCCUAUCGAAAAAGAAGGAGAUGUAAAAAAUGACAAUCAGAAAAUUCCCAUUAAUUCCACAAAAAAUCCUGCUUCUAAAUCUAUGUACGAUCUUUCGAAUACAAAAAAAAUAGACUCUUUACCAUUAAAUAGAUCAAUUAAUGAAACACCUCAACAAUACCUCGAUAAGUUACGUGAUACAUUGUCAAAAUCUGAAUUGAUUACUCUUCUUGCAAAAAGUAAGGAUGUGUUUCAUGAAUCGGUGCUUCAUACAUAUUUGGAAAUAUUUGAUUUUGAAAGUGACCCAAUUGAUAUUGCAUUAAGAAAAUUUCUUAUGGAAUGUCACCUUCCAAAAGAAUCACAGCAGAUUGAUCGUGUUAUCGAAGCGUUUGCAAAAAGAUAUCAUGAUUGUAAUCCUUCUUUAUUUCCUACAUCGGAUGUUUCUUAUAUGCUCUCAUUUUCACUACUGAUGCUUCAUACUGAUGCAUUUAACAAAAAUGUAAAGCGAAAAAUGACUAAAGAAGAAUUCAUAAAGAAUACAACUAUAGAUGGCGUUCCGUCAGAGAUUCUUGAGAUACUUUAUGAUAAUAUAACAUUUGCCCAAUUUAUUUAUGCUGAUGAUGACAUUGAUGUUAAUGGACAAAAAAUGCUUUCGCCGCCUGCCGAUUUAAGAUGUUCAAGACUUUUUAAAUCUUUAAAAGAUAGGAAAAUUAUAAAAAAUGAUCCAUAUUAUGUGAUUGAGCAUAAAACAGUAACGGAAUUUAAACCAGAUAUUGUUGAUCUAGUUCCACUUGAAAAUCCCUAUUCUUACAAAGGAACAUUGUCACAAUUAAAUACAACUAAUAUUCAUCAAGCAUUUACAUCAGCACGCACAAUAAAAAUAACAGGUCCAUUAGACGAAAAUGAUAGAACGUUUAUAUUAAAAAUCACAAAAACCGGAAGGUUAGGCCGUAAAAUAGAUUUGCUUGAAGGUGGUAAAAGAGCUAAUUUCACAAGAAAUUGGAAAGAAUUUGGUGUCAUAUUGAGCGGAAGUCAGUUAAUGUUUUUCAGAAUUGAUAAUUGGAUUAAUUCAAAGAUUAGCGAAUUAAAUGACCUAUCAUCGAAGAAUGCAACUCUCCCAGUCCUUAAACCUAAUUUGAUCCUUAUGACAGGGGAUUCUAUUGCAGUAUAUGAUAAAAGUUAUACAAAAUAUCCAAAUGUUUUUCGUUUAGUUUUGUCAAAAGGUGAUCAAUAUCUUUUUCAGGCAGAAAAUAAAAAUGAAAUGAAUGAUUGGAUAGUGAAAAUUAAUUAUGCAGCAACAUUUAAAACUGUAAAUCAUGAACAAAAAAGCCAACCUCAGACUUUUUUCAAUUAUCAAAAUGAUGACGAAAUAAACACUAAUGACGCAAAAAGUAGAGCCGAUGUUUUAAGAACAAAGAUUCAAGAACUUCAAGUCAAAAUUGCUGCUCUUACAUCACAACUACAGACCGAUGUACGUUUUCGUAACAAUUUAGUUCUUAUGAUUCCAUAUAAAGCCAGCACAAGAGACCGUAUUAUUCAAGUUGCCAUGACGGUUGGCAAACGUAUCAAACGUGUUUGUCUAGAGUUGUCUAGAUUUGUUUGUUAUCAAAAAAAAUCUUUUUCCAAACAUUUGGUUCUCGAAUCAAAUAAUAGUCGACCUUUUACUAUGGCCGUUACCAAUUCUACUCCCGAUUCUACUCCUGAUCUCUCUUCCGUAAAUAAUAGUUAUUAUUAUAGUAGUAAUAAUAGUUCUUCCACCGUUAUCAAUACUUUCAAAACUGAUACUACUAGAGAUACUAAAUAUUUACUAAGUGGUAAUACCAUUUUUCACCAAUUACAACCAUCAGAAACUGAACUUGAAGUGAUUGAAUCAAUUGAAAUAUUCGAGGGGGAUGAUAAAAAUGAAGAUUACGGAGAUAAUCAUUUUAAAAAUGACGAUGGAAAGGAUGACAAUGAUACUAAAGGUUUUGUAAAUAGAAAUAUUAAAAAUGAUGCCGAUUAUGAUCAUGCAAAAGAAGUUGUUGAAAUUAAGAUGUCAUCAUCAGCAUCAACACAACCGCAGUGGUUGCAAACACUGCCUCCAUCACUACCACCACUGCUAUUUCUAACAACACCAUCACUACAAGUAUCAUUUCAAUAUGACGAUGAUGGUGGGUUAGAUGAAUUUGUGGAUGCUCAAGAGAAUAUUAAUGAACUAUAA